CUCUAUCAACUACUCUCCUCAGUCCCCCUCCCCCUCCUCUCCCUCCGCGCCGCCAUUCUCUGACAGCUUGGUCGAUUCACGAGUUUGCCUGGAUACACCCGCGUUUUCCCGGGCCCUCGCGCCGUCUAACACUUCACCCAGUUGUAAAUAAAAAUUCCCCCUCUUCCCCACCCCCCUCGUUUCACAAUCGCCGAUGAAAACACGAGAUACAUAAAUAUAAACAGUCCAUUGACUCAUCGAAUUAUUGUUUGCUGGAGACAAUCCCCCGAGUAUCGUCUUAAUUCCCGGUAUUACGGAUCGAUCGGUUGGUCGUAUAAACACUGAGGGCUUUGUCAUCAAUUGUGAUUUUUUUUCUUCGAUCAACUAGUGAACAACGGACUGUACUUGCACUGGUUUCUGGCGUCAAAAAAAAAAAGUUGAUAAGAAUCGUGAUAAUGCAAUUUUAUUUUUAUAUUUAUUUCAACUGCUUUUGAGAGAUGAAAGUAACAGUUUAAAUCGAUUGUUCACUGGAAUAUCCAAUUCUGAUAAUAAUAAAUUUGAGAUAAACAUGGCACAGCGUGCAAAGAGAAAAAAAAUUGUCCCCGUAGUAAUGCAUUUGUUUAUAUUUUUUUUAUUUGCCGACCCUUCUGAACACGCUGGUUAAACGACGCGAUCAACGGAACACGAAUUGUUUUAAAAAAAAAAUUAAAAAUACGAAAUACGGAAUAUUGUGAAUAAAUUGGGAGUAGUUGGAGCAACGAGGGAUAUUGUCAAGGACGAGUUAAACGAAUUGCACUGGUAAUAGUGACCAACGAUUGUAUUACGAGUGGAUUUUACUGGUGAGGAAUAAGGUGCUGAGGCCACUUAUUAAAGGACUGGAAAAAAAUGUCGGAACAGCACAAUGAUCAACAGUCGAGUGGGAGAGACGAUGCACGUACCAAUCUUAUUAUCAACUAUUUACCACAGAGUAUGACGGAAAAAGAAUUAUACAGCAUGUUUGUCACUAUUGGGCCAGUUGAAUCGUGUCGAGUUAUGAAGGAUUACAAGACUGGCUACAGUUACGGAUUUGGUUUCGUCAACUAUGCAAAAGCUGAGGAUGCGCUGACAGCGAUAAACACUCUUAACGGUCUGCAGGUUCAGAACAAACGAUUAAAAGUAUCAUUCGCAAGGCCAUCGGGCGAAGAGAUUAAGGAAACAAAUCUUUACGUGACAAAUCUUCCUCGAAACAUCACUGAGGGCCAGAUCGAGGACAUCUUCAGUAAAUUUGGUCAGAUCGUACAGAAGAAUAUUCUUAAGGACAAGCUGACUGGACUCCCCAGGGGCGUCGCCUUCGUAAGAUAUGAUAAACGUGAGGAGGCACAAGAAGCCAUUAAUCAUCUACAUGGGACGAUACCUGAGGGGGGCUCUGAGCCACUCAGUGUCAAAAUUGCUGAGGAACAUGGCAAGCAAAAGGCUGCCUACUAUGCUGGCUGGCAGGCUGGCUACAAUCAGAGUCGCGGUCCUGGUACCCGUGGUCGUGGUGGUUCAGUAGCAUCAGCCGCUGGUGCUAAUCCAACAAAUCGUACUCCUGGUUUUGCUCGUGGUGGUCAUCACACUGGCAAUUACAUUGGUAAUGGUGCUGGUGGUGGUGGUCCUGGUGCUAUGAGAAUGGAAAAAAUACAUCCACAUCGCUUCAAUCCCAUUGGCAUGGGAGGUGGCUAUGUGCAAUCACACUUCUGGUGACCGAUCAAUAAUGUGCAAUCAAUAAUUAAUGUGAAUCAAUAGUUACAAUGGAGAAACUAUCGAAUCGGUAGACCAUCCUUCACGGCUUCUCUUCUACCAGUAGAAAAAAAAAGAAAAAAAAACUUAUGACGAGGUUAAUGUUGAGCUGUAAGAGCCCUACUUUCCUUUCAUGGAUUUUUGGUUCAAUCUUUUCAUUGAGAUAACUCCGUCCGAGAGAAUACGAAUUAGUGGGGGAAAUUAUUGACUUUCUAACGAGCAAGCGAUCAAUUAUUUGGUGAUUGUGGGGGGGGGGGAGGGAGAAAUUUGUGCUUCGAUUUUUUUUUCUUUUUUUUUUGGAGCAUAUCAUGUGAUUGAUGCACCGUGGACAAUUAUGAAAAUUAAUGUUGAUGAUUUUAAUAGUGAUUUGGCACUGUACCACAGGUGGAACGGGUCAAGACCAUUUGAUGAGUGAGUUUUGUGUUUUAGAAGAGGAUCGAUAUGCUACUGGGAGAUAGGCCCUCGGCUAUGGGGGUGAUUUUUCAUUUGUUGUACAAUUCAUUUUAUACAUUAUCACAGUUGGUUGCUCCUUGGAGGUUGGCGACACCAAGUGCACUGAGUCAUUUAUCCUUGAGUUUCCUUAAUUUUUUUUUUUAGAAAAAUGGACGUUAUUUUAAGUCAACGAACUUUUUUUUCUUCAUUGGAUCUCGAUGUUUGCAUUGAGAAGCUAAGGUGAUAUAUUUCGAUUACGAGGAGCGGUAAAUUUUGUUAGCAAAUUAAUUACCUGCAUUGUGUAUAUUAUUUAUUAAAGUGAAUUAUAAAUAGAA